UUGCGUGCUAACUUGUCUUUUGGGCGUGAGGCAGUAAGAGCUUCAGAUUUUGUUUUGGAUAUUAUUGAGAACGGCUACAAGAUUCUUUUUCAGAAGUCGCCGUUACCGUAUUCGAUUGAGAACAGAUCAUCCGCCCUUCUUCAUAGAGGUUUUGUUCGGGAGGCUCUUCCAGAGUUGCUGACGCGUGGCUGUAUUAAACAGCUUUCGGUUUAGCCUCUUUUUUACAAUCCUUUGGAUGUGGCUGUGCCGCCGUCAGGAAAACUUAGACUGAUCUUAGAUUUUUUCUAUUUUAACAGAUUUAUCAUUAAGACGUGAAAUACGAAGACUUAAGAACGUUUUUCAAAUGUUUGUUUUUUUUAUUUGAUCUUUAGUCAGCGUAUCCUUACAUUGAUAUCUGCGAGGAACACAGGAAUUCUUGUCCUUUUUAUAGCUUUCUUCUGAUGUAGUCACAAAAUUUUACGAAUUUUAGGUUUUACCUUUUCGGUUUGUGUUCUGCGCCAUAUGUCUCCACCGAAGUUCUUAUGUCCGUUGGUUAAAUUGUGGAGAGGUUGUGGCCAUAUUAGUUUAGUACACCCCGAUGACACCGCGGGUAUUCGGGGCGUUACGUGUUUAAAUUGCCCCGAAAGCCUUAAUAGUAUUUUGUUCCCCAAGACAUUGCUUCGUCCGGUUUCACACUUAACGAUGAUGUAUCGGUUUAG